AUGGGUGGGCUUCGGAGGAUUGUCACUGCGGUGUUAGCGGUGGUUGGAGCAGUAGUGGGGGAGAAGGCAUCGAAGAAUCCGACGGAUACUAUUACUAGUGGUGGUAUGUUGAUAUCCUUCUUGAAAUUGCCAGAAGGGAAAAGAAUUGGUAGUUGAUGAAGUGGAUAGGAUCAAAUUCGAGAACCGGCUACCAGCCAAACCACAACCUUGAUCCAAACAUCAUAAAAUCAGGAACCUUCAAUCAGAUCUGGAAGACGAAGGGAUUAGGAACCUAUAAUGGAUUCACGGAACGUAUGACUUCCCAUAAAUCGUGACACCCAAUUCUCCUGCUAAUAAAUCUCCCUCAGAGUUCUACGCCCAACCCUUAGUUUACACCCCCCUCGACACCCAAUAUGUAUAUGUGAUCUCCCAGCAAAACAUUGCCUACAUCCUCGACGCUAAAACUGGGGAGAUAAUCAAACAUCGCACAAUCCACGUUCCAUUCCUGGUCACCCCAGAUUUAGCUGGCUGCAACGACGUGGCAGACUGCGUCGGUUCAACCGCGACGGGAGUAAUAGAUCCUGACACGGGGACAUGGUUCUUCACUACGAAGACCUACGCUGAUCAGUCCAAGAACACCCCGCAGGGGCUUGCCGCGGGGAGGUACUAUAUCCAUGCUGUGGACGUACUAACCCUGGAGGAAAAGACCAAUUUCCCGAUCCCGCUGGAAGGAAUGAAGGCGGAUAACGCGCCGUGGAGGGUUUUCGAGGGUGGGAAACACCAUCAGAGACCGGCACUGCUGCAAGUUAAUAACUACGUCUACGCCGGCUUCGCAAGUCACUGUGUGCAGUGGAACUUCACCGGGUGGGUCGUAGGCUGGCAUGCCACCGAGGGACGUAUAGUCACGAAGUACGCCAUGGAAGGCGGAAAGGAGACAACCGGAAUCGGAGGUGGGAUCUGGAUGAGCGGUGGUGGUAUCUCAAGUGAUAAUCCUGGGAGAAUGUUUUUUGCUACCGGAAAUGGUUAUGCGAGUCAAUUGGCUGACGACCCGGUCCCCGGACGGCAACCGCCGACUGCGCUCGAAGAAGCUGUAGUCAACAUGGCGAUUGGGGAAGAUGGAAGUGUGACGCCGACUGAUUGUAAGUGUUGAGUGAUUUAUCAUGACUCCACCUGUAGUGACUAAUACCGAUGAUAGUCUUUAUGCCUUGGGAAAAGCGUGAUCUGGACGGUAUGGACAAAGAUCUUGGCACCUCCAGUUUUGUCCUGCUGGAACCGGGUGUUUUUAGCACGUCCGGAGUCCAACGUAUCGGCACCGUGGCUGGGAAAACCGGAAAACUAUACUUCUUAAACCUGGACGACCUGGGCGGCUACCAAAUGGGCGAAAACCGGAAGGACAAGAUUCUCCAGACGAUCGCUCUGGACGGCCCGGUAUUUGCUUCUGCGGGGACUUACCCGCAUGACGGGGGAUAUGUCUAUCUUUCGCCUGUGGGGCAGCAGACUAUAGCCUUCAAGUUUGGAAUAAACUCGAACGGCGACCCAGUGUUUACUCAAGCCGGUAAAACUACCGAGACCACCGCUGGAAGACAGGGUGUCGGGCAUACUACUGUGACUUCAAAGAACGGGGAACCCGGCUCGGGAAUUCUUUGGGUCUCGGACGUGGACGGGGCCAAUCUUCGGGCGUACGGCACUGUCCCUGUUAACGGGGUCCUGCCUACUCUCGCUCUCCUGAAUAAUGUCGGCCAAAUGAAAUUUUCCCGACCCAGCUUCGGUGAUGGACGCGUUUACUUGACUUCCCACACAGGAUACAUAACAGCCUUUGGUUCUCCUGUCAACAUGCCGUUGAAUUGCUCUUCACCGUACGACGCAGGGACAGUGCCUAUCGGGAAUACCUCCACCGUGUCGAUAACCUGCCGAGCAAUUACCCCCUUAACUAUCAAUGCGACAACCCUGGACGACAGCACCAACUUCCGAGCGUUUGGCUAUACGUUGCCAAAAACACUAGCAAUCGGCGAGACCUUCUCCUUCAGCGCAAACUUCACUCCGAAAUCUGUUGGGCCGCUGAGCACAAAUAUCAACCUCCAAACAAUCAAUAGCGGAACAGAAAAAUUCUCCACCAACACGCCUAUUGUCAUCCGGGGUGUCGCCAUAUCCUUGAAUCCCAUCCUCACGAUACAACCGAACGUCUUGUCGUUCGGGGAAGUAAUCACGGGUGAAGAUACGGCGGGAAAAAAUCUGGACUUUACAAUGGAGAACGACGGACAAUCACCGCUGGUCAUUCAGAGUUACAAAAUCUCCCUCAAUGCUCCAACCGGUCCCUUUCUCCCUGGGCAGCCGUUUCCACUGAAGGCCGGGCCGUUCACCUUUGCGGAUUUGCCCGCCUUGAACUCAAGUAUCCAGGGCAACGGCGCCGUCUCCACUACCGUAAAUUUCAAUCCCACAGCGGACGGCUACUACAAAGCAUAUCUGGUGAUAGCCACCAACGGCGGGUCGAAAUUCGUGGGUGCAUUUGGAACGGCCGGAGGAAAGCCCAAGGCGCUGCUUGAGUGGCAACUCGAAAACGGAACCUGGAUAGCUUACCAAAAGGGCGUUCCCUUCGCGUUUGGUCCCGUGCCGCUAGGAACCCAAGCGUUCCGCAAACUUCGCCUUCGCAACCUGGGUGGGACAAACCUCACCACUUCCGUCUCUAAGCCCCCCGUCUCUGGAGCUCUAGCCGCGGUGAACCCGCUCGGUUCGAUCCCCGAGGGCUCCCAGGUGGCGCCGAACGGUAGUAUCGAGGCAACACUCAUCUGCUCACCGCCAAAAUCACAAGUUAACGAAGACCCGACUACGCUCACGGCUGUCUGGACUAUGAAUAACAAUGACGCUUCGUUUGGAAAGACUGAGAUUGACUUCACCUGUACUGGCGCGUCGAACCAGGUCGGACCGUUGGACGAAAAUGGACAGGCUUGGUAUAGGUAUCUGGGGUGUUUUAAGGACGCUAAUCCGAAUAGGAACCUUGAGGAAUUGUUAUACUACAGUGUCAACAACACGAAUGGGAGGUGUCAGUUCGAUUGCAUGAAUCACGCGUCACAAUUUCCAUAUGCCGCAACAGAGUAUGAGGGAGAGUGUAAGUAGUGACCUUCAUAUCGUGUCACUCGGAGGGGACUAACUCUGCGGAAUGGAUAGGUUGGUGCGGGACUAAAAGGGCCAUAGAAAAGGUUCCGGACACGUUCUGCCAAUACCUCUGCAAAGGUGACUUUAGGGAGUACUGUGGUGGCGAUGGAGCCUACAUGAGCUUGUUCGGAGACAGGAGAAAGGUUGGAAAUUUUUCCACCACCAGCUCCAGCAUGACCUCAACAACCUCGACUCCAGCUUCGUCAACUUCAACUCCAUUCCCCACCACUACGGCUGGAAACUCUAGCGUUACCACAACUUCCACUGGUACGAGUGCAACAAUUUCCCCAACAGCGCCCGCAAACUUGACGUACCUUGGCUGCGCAAACGAGGGCACAACCGGCCGUGCCCUGGCGAAAGACGCGACGGCAGAUCCCCUCAUGACAAUCAUCCUCUGUGCAGCGUAUUGCACGAACAAGGGCUACCCACUCUCAGGCCUCGAGUAUUCUACCGAAUGCUACUGCGGUAGCGUUCUAGAAAACGGGUCUAUGAUUGGCGGGUCGACAGCCUGCAAUAUGCCCUGCGGCGGCGAUGCCGCGACGAUAUGCGGUGGGCCCGGAGCGCUGUCGGUGUAUAACAACACGGCACUCGUACCGCCCAAGCAGCCAGUCAUUGUACCAAGCGUAGGGAAUUACAAGUCUUUGGGAUGUUACACUGAAGGGGUAAAUGAGCGCGCUCUAGCGGGAGCCGGAACUGCCGCGGCGGAUAUGACGGUGCAAUCUUGCGUGGCGUACUGUCUCGCAGGUGGAUUCAAGUAUGCCGGCAUAGAAUACUCAACCGAGUGUUUCUGUGGUGGAGCGAUCGCAACGACGGCCAAAAGUGCUCCAGCAUCGGAGUGUAAUAUGCUCUGUGGGGGUGACAAGUAUGCGUACUGCGGUGGGCCGGGUAGGUUGAAUGUUUACGGGAACUUGAACGGGACUGUCACGAGUGUUCCCCCUACGAGUACUGCAACUUCUACAUCGAUCACCUGGUCUGUUAAUGGGACUUCUACCAGCACUACAUCAACCAGCACCUCUACACCGACACUCCGGCCUGGAUACAGGUACCUUGGAUGCGCAAAUGAAGGUACCAACGGGAGGGCUCUUGCAAAAGAUGCUACGGCAAGCUCCACCAUGACUACGAAUAUGUGUCAAGACUACUGCACCGGCAAGGGCUACCCUCUCUCCGGCGUUGAAUACUCGACGGAAUGCUACUGCGGCAGUGUCCUCGAGAACGGAUCCACGAUCGGAGGGUCAACGGAGUGUAAUAUGCCAUGCGGUGGCGCCCCAAACUUAAUCUGCGGUGGUACUGGCGCCCUUUCGGUCUACAACAACACUGCACUGGUAGCUCCCAAGCAACCCGCCGUGGUACCAGCUGUCGGGAGUUAUAAAUCCCAAGGAUGCUACACAGAAGGUGUCAACGAACGUGCUCUCGCAGGCUCCUUGACCGCUAAUUCCAACAUGACCGUCCAGUCCUGCGUCAGCUUCUGUCAAUCGGGAGGAUAUAAGUACGCCGGCAUAGAGUACGCGACAGAGUGCUUCUGCGGUGGCACUAUCGCAACGACGGCUAAGACUGCGCCCGCAUCGGAAUGUAACAUGCUCUGCGGAGGAGACCAAUUCGCAUACUGCGGGGGUCCAAGCCGAUUGAAUGUUUACGCGAACUUGAAUGGGACAACUGGCACCUCUUCCUCUGUCACUUCUGCCAUAAGCUCUACUACAGGCGGGUCGGUCUCUAGCACCGCCACGACUACUACUUCCACGAGCUCAACUACCAGUACUUCCGGGACUUCAACCCCAACUUUACGUGCGGGGUACACUUACCUCGGCUGCGCGAAUGAAGGCACCAACGGCCGGGCGUUAUCGAAGGAUGCCACUGCAAGCUCAACAAUGACCACCACAGUCUGUCAAGACUACUGCACGGGCAAGGGCUACCCCCUCUCCGGCGUCGAGUACUCCACAGAGUGUUACUGCGGAGAUGUCCUCGAGAACGGGUCCACCAUCGGGGGCUCAACAGCUUGCACCAUGCCAUGCGGUGGUGCCCCCAAUUCAAUCUGCGGCGGACCGGGAGCGUUGUCGGUAUACAAUAACACGGCACUGGUAGCACCGAAGCAACCCGCCGUUGUCCCCGCCGUCGGGGAUUACAAGUCUCAGGGAUGCUACACAGAGGGUGUCAACGAACGGGCUCUGGCGGGACCUGGAACGGCUAAUUCGAACAUGACCGUCCAGUCCUGCGUUAGCUACUGUCAAACUGGGGGUUACAAGUAUGCAGGAAUCGAGUAUUCGACCGAGUGCUUUUGUGGAAACUCCAUCGCGACAACAGCCAAGCCUGCGCCGGCAUCAGAAUGCAAUAUGCUCUGCGGUGGUGAUAAACUCGCAUACUGUGGUGGGCCGAGUCGAUUGAAUGUAUAUGGGAAGGUUAAUGGAACUACCACCAGCAGCAGCAGCAGUUCAACUUCUGUCCCCGUUACCUCCACCUCUCUCUCGUCGGCCACUUCGUCCGGGAAAACGACCUCUUCCGGCACAACCUCAGGGAGCAGUACCUCCACCUCUCUCCCAUCGACUACGUCGUCCGGCAAAACUACCUCUUCCAGCACAACCUCAAAGAGUAGCACCUCCACCACCAGCAGUAGCAGCAGCACCGCAACGCCAACUUUACGUGCAGGAUACACCUACCUCGGCUGUGCUAACGAAGGCACCAAUGGCAGGGCCCUCUCCAAAGACGCUACGGCAAGCUCAACAAUGACACCGAAUAUGUGUCAGGACUAUUGCACAGGCAAGGGCUACCCUCUCUCCGGCGUUGAAUAUUCAACAGAAUGCUACUGCGGCAACGUGCUAGAGAACGGGUCAAGCAUUGGUGGCUCAACAAGUUGCACAAUGCCCUGCGGGGGGUCCCCGACCGCGAUCUGUGGCGGGCCGGGCGCUCUCUCUGUGUACAAUAAUACCGCCAUCACGGCGCCGAAGCAACCGGUUAUGGUUCCUGCUGCGGCGGGAUAUAAUCUUACCGGGUAAGUCUCCCUCCUUCCAUACUUUCAGUUUAUUGCUGGCGAGUGCUAAUUGGUGAUGCUUAUAGGUGUUGGACGUAAGCGCAUACCUUACACCCACCUUCUCCCAAAAUAUAGGCCAUGCUAACUAUCAAUAGUGAAGGAACGAAUGAACGCGCCCUUGCCGCCAGCGCAACCGCCUCGGCGAGCAUGAACGUGACCAUGUGCGUCAACUUCUGCAAGUCCGGCGGGUACGCGUACGCGGGUGUGGAAUACUCGAUAGAGUGCUACUGCGGCAGUACGAUCGCAGGAACGGCGAAGAAUGUGUCAGUGUCGCAGUGUAACAUGGUUUGCGGAGGAGAUGCGGGGGCGUAUUGUGGCGGGUCAGGGAGAUUAGGGAUUUACUUUGGUGGUAGUGGUGGGGCUGCCGCAGCGGCGCAGGCCGCAGCAGGGAUAGCGGGGAUUGCGAGUGGAUCAACAAAUAGCAGCAGUUCUUCAUCUUCGGCGGUGUCGGGUUCAUCAAGCAGUAGCAGCAGUUCCUUUUCCAUAACAUCUGCUUCAACGAGUACAACGAGUACCCACAGCUCAAGCGCAAGCUCAACCACUAGCGGUGCCUCUUCCUCCUCCUCAUCAACCACCUCCACAGCACCAACCUCAACACCGAGCACUUACACCUACCUCGGCUGUGCAAACUCCACCUCCCCACCAGCAUUAACAGGACCCUCUACCACCUCCUCGACUUCCUUAACACCCUCCACCUGCCAGGACUUCUGCACAUCAAACAACAACACGCUAAGCGGCCUAACACCCUCAGCCUGCUCCUGCGGCACGGCCCUCCAAAACAACAGCACCCUAACCGCCACAACCUCCACAUCAUGCCCCUCAAACCACAUCUCAAUCUACAACUCCACCCUCGAAAUCCCGCCGACACUCCCGCACGUGGUGCACACGUACAACUACACCGCUUGCUAUAUCGACCCCGCACCACCCGGGAACUUACUCACCGGGUUCGUGUUCGCAAACGAGUCGCUCACGCUUGAGAUAUGCGUUGGGGAGUGUAAGGCUCGGGGAUGGGGAUGGGCUGGUGUGAGCAAUGGACAGGAGUGCUCGUGUGGCGUCGGGGAGAAAUUGGGGAAUGCGACGAAGGUGGGGAGUCAGGAGUGUAUGAGUGUUUUGUGCCCCGGGGAUCGGAGGGAGUGGUGCGGUGGUAGCGCGGAUAGGCUUGCUGUCUGGCGGGAUGUUUGGGGGUUGUAA